AUGGACAAUUGUGGUGCACCAGACAACCUAUUAGACAAAUGUAUUAAGGUUUCAGGGUACAUUCUGGCACAACCAUCUGGUCUCAACAUUGAAACAGCACAAGACGGGACAGGACAGGGCAAGUUGAUUGCAGCCGACUACAUUGUAGCAGAGUGUUGGUUAGUCAAGAUCUCAGAAGAUAAACGUAGCAAAAUGAGGAUGCUGAGAUGGAUAUGCGAGCAUAACAAGAUUGGCAGGACUAGGAAUGAAGAUAUUCGGGCCAAGCUGGGGGUGGCUUUGGUGGAGGACAAGACGCAAGAAGCGACGCUUAGAUUGCUUGGGCAUAUGAAGAGGAGUGGUGCAGAUUACCUAGGACAACUGCAGAAAUGUUAG